AUGAAUAACCUGGCAUCGACAUGCUGGCAACGGGGUCGAUUACAGGAUACUGAAGCUUUGGAGGUGGAAGUGCUCACGAUUCGCAAGCGGGUGCUCGGAGAGGACCAUCCUGAGACACUGAACAGCAUGAACAAUCUAGCAACAACAUACCGAACCCAAGGCCUAUUACAAAAGGCUGAAGCACUUGAUAUGCAAGCAGUUCAUAGACGCAAGAAAUUGCUAGGAAAGGAGCAUCCUGACACGCUCAUAAGCAUAGGUAACCUAGCAUCGACGUACCGAAAACAAGGUCGAUUACAACACACCGAGGUGCUUGAGCUGCAAGUGCUUGAGGCCAACCAAAGAUUAUUAGGAGAAAAGCAUCCUUAUACACUGAUCAGCAUAAAUAACUUGGCAUCAACAUAUCAGAAACAAGACCGCUAG